CCCAGAAAUGCUUCUUUGUUCUCCCUCACUCCCACCCCCUUCCUUUCCAGUCCUGAAGGAUCUCGACAUUGAUGUUGCCUGACCUGCUGAGUUCCUCCGGCAUGUUGUGUACGUUACUCAGAAACACUGGCUCCUUCCAGGGUAUCCGCUCACCUCUCUUUCCCCAUCCAAGUGACAGCUCUGACUUAACCGUGACAUUUCCUCUUUUGUUUUGAGUAUGUUGUCUCCCGUCCAAUGCAAAAAAAAAAUAGGGGAAAUACAACUUAUCCUCAGUACAGUAGUGUCGAAACUGUCCAAUAACACAGGACUCCUCGGACAUUCCUUUAAAACAUGUGAUAGGUGUCUCAAAUGCACGCUUGUUUAACAACUGCCAGAGUAUUUGCAGAAAACUUAAUCCGAAGAAAUAGAACUACGGGGGCAUUUUCCGUUGUUCGCAGAUGUGUGAAAUUAUCCACGGGGCAAGAAUAUGCCGCGAAGAUCAUUAACACCAAGAAGCUGUCCGCCAGAGACCACCAGAAGCUGGAACGCGAAGCCAGGAUCUGUCGCCUCUUGAAACAUCCCAAUAUCGUGCGUCUCCAUGACAGCAUAUCAGAAGAAGGAUUUCAUUACCUCAUAUUUGACCUGGUCACCGGUGGAGAACUGUUUGAAGACAUUGUGGCCAGAGAAUACUACAGUGAGGCAGAUGCAAGUCAGUGCAUUCAUCAGAUCCUGGAAAGUGUCAACCACAUCCAUCAGCAUGACAUAGUGCACAGAGACCUCAAGCCAGAGAACUUGCUGCUUGCAAGUAAAUGCAAAAAUGCAGCCGUGAAGCUAGCUGACUUUGGAUUGGCGAUUGAAGUUCAAGGUGAUCAGCAGGCAUGGUUUGGGUUUGCGGGGACUCCUGGAUACCUUUCCCCAGAGGUUUUAAGGAAAGAUCCGUAUGGAAAACCAGUUGACAUCUGGGCAUGUGGAGUCAUCCUCUACAUAUUACUAGUUGGCUACCCUCCCUUCUGGGAUGAGGACCAGCAUAAGCUUUAUCAACAAAUUAAGGCUGGUGCUUAUGAUUUUCCCUCUCCAGAAUGGGAUACCGUCACCCCAGAAGCCAAGAACCUCAUCAACCAGAUGCUAACCAUCAAUCCAGCCAAGAGGAUCACAGCAGCUGAGGCCCUGAAGCAUCCAUGGGUCUGCCAACGUUCAACCGUAGCAUCAAUGAUGCACCGUCAAGAAACAGUGGAGUGUUUGAGGAAGUUCAAUGCCAGGCGAAAGCUCAAGGGUGCCAUUUUGACUACGAUGCUCGCAACAAGAAACUUUGCAGCAGCUAAGAAUUUGCUUAACAAGAAGACAGAUGGGGUCAAGGCACAGACUAACAACAGCAAAAACAACGUAGUCAGCGCCCCAAAGGAGCCCGCCCCUUCAGCCACAAUGGAACCACAGACGACAGUUGUCCAUAAUCCUCCAGAUGGCAUUAAGGGUUCAACAGAGAGCUCCAAUACGACCACUGAAGAUGAAGAAGGGAAAGCACGCAAGCAAGACAUCAUCAAGAUCACAGAGCAACUCAUCGAAGCAAUUAAUAAUGGAGACUUUGAAGCUUACACGAAAAUCUGUGAUCCAGGUCUUACCUCCUUUGAACCUGAAGCACUUGGAAACCUCGUGGAAGGGAUGGAUUUCCACAAGUUUUAUUUUGAAAAUUUGUUGUCGAAGAACAGUAAGCCGAUCCACACUACAAUUCUCAACCCUCACGUUCAUCUAAUCGGAGAGGAUGCUGCGUGCAUCGCCUACAUCCGCCUAACGCAGUACAUCGACGGCCAGGGCAGGCCAAGGACCACACAGUCGGAGGAGACUCGAGUCUGGCACCGUCGCGAGGGCAGGUGGCAGAACAUACACUUCCAUUGCUCAGGAGCCCUCGCCGCUCCACUCCAGUGAACACCCUGUGCAGCUUGGAGAUGCUGGAGUGGACUUCUCGUCUAAACAGUGGAUUGAAGCCGAUCACUGUCAUGGUGAAUUCUUGAAGACCAACAGCGCCAUGCGCCAGCCUGCAUGUGUAUGAUGCUGUGGUGGCUGACUAUUUGUUGUUUCCAUGGAUCCAUCGUGUUUGUUUCUGCUGUAUGGGAGAUGUACAGAUAAAAAUGGCUGCUGUAUAUGUUCCUGAUAACUCUAGUCUGAUAGCAGAGGUUCGACUGAAAUAGAGUCUGAACCCAUUACUUGCCAAAGUAUGGAGAUCCGUCCUUUCAACUUAAACUAGAAGAAACUAAAAAAAAUCAUUAAAAAAUUAACAGGUUGCAGUAGUGCUCAGAUUUUUUAAAAAAAAACAAGUAUGCCAUUCUUGUCAAGAUUUAUUCGAGAUUACGUUAACUCUGGACCGUUAAUUGUCAGUCUGAGAGUAAUGUUGUUACAGUAAGCUCAGUUGAAGAGUGUGUAAAGGAGGAUGCCUCUGCUCCUUCUGUCAGUGAGAGGUAAGGCAUAAACUGCUGAACCACUAACCUACUUGGAGGUUGAUGAGCAACAUGUGUUGAAACUCAAAAGGCUAAGACUAUGACCUCGCUGCUCUGCAAAACUGUCUGAGACACAUAAAAAAAAUACUUCUAGGUGAUCACAUUUUUAAUCUUCUCUCUCUCCUGCCGAUCUGUUGCAAAGUGAAGCUGUGAUCUCAUUUAUUGAAAUGGACCACACGUAAUAAAGUAUUCCUUUCUCAUCUGUUCACAUUUCUUCCAGUGUUUUUCUGCAGCAAGGUUAAUAUGAAUGUAUAAUAUUGAAGUUUUUUGUCGUGCCUAAGUGCAGUAAUAUUAUCUUUGGUUUUACACAAAAAAAAUUGCAUCCACAGGUUUGCAGUAUGUUGUAAUCUAGUUACUGAUCACAGCUUUUUUGAACUGUCUGGUGGUUAUACUCUGCCUUGUGUCUUUGAGGUAUGGUGUAGGUGUAUAUAGCCAGAUAACCUUAUUUUAAUGAGAGUACAAGAUCAAACAUGAGACGCGCAGUGUUGGCCUUUCUCAACAUCGCUGUGCUGCUGGGAGGAAAACUCGUCACCCUUGGAUAAAAUGGUCACAACGUUUAAAACAUAUAUGCAGUUUUACAGAGGUUAUGCAUGUGUUGUUGUCGGUCAAUAUUUUCACUGUACGUGUUUACUUGACAAAAAAAUAAUGAUGUACCUAGUUCUGCAUCUUUAACAAUCUUGCACAGUCUUGGACAGUAUGUACCACAUAAUUUAAGCCUAAGCUUGAUAUGAUAAAUUCCUGUUUAAAAAUAAAUUAAUUAAUUGCAUUGUUACUGUAUCUUAUGGGGCUAAUAUCUUAUAGUUUUAAUUGAGGCAAUCGAUGCAGAAUUUUGCAUGAUAUAUAUUACAAGGAAAAUACCCAGUGUUUGUUUGUUAUGAAUGUUGGUAGAUCUUCAUAGCUUUGUUACUAUAGGACUUGAUCUUAAAAAAAGUAUUUAAUAAAAUGAAUACAAACUAUUGCAUCUUGUUUUAACUGCAGCGUUUUGUGGAUUGUCUACCCUUAAGCCUGCGUGAACUUGUCGUCAAAGAGCAUUCUCAAAAUGCGGUAUUCAGUGUUUUCAGUUAUUUCAUUUAAUGAGUCACAAAAUAUGUGAAGCUGGACGUUAAACUUCUCUUGACCUAAACCAUCUCACAGUCUGUAUCUGGGUUAGCUCUAGUUGAAUCAGAACUCAAAAGGCAAACACGCCCAAAACCUCUCCAUUCUUAGCCAACCAGGCCUCCCCACCCCACCAGCCAGUCCUCACAUCAUACCCGAACUAGUCUCGUGGAGAGUUGAUAGCACAGAAGGUGGCCGUUCAAUCCAUUGUGUCCAUACUUUGCUCUGCUUCAAACUGCCCACUGGUCAGUUCCCUCGAACUUAACUGUACAGGGUUAUCCUCACCGGGGUUUAUAUUGUCUGUCCUUAAAAGUCCCAGGGCUUGUUUUAUCCUCACACAGCAUAUCUUCAUCAACAUUUAGAGGAACUCCUGAAGGAGGAACAGUAUUCAGAUGUGAGUCUGGCUGAAGUCCUUUACACAGACAAAGGUAAAAUUUAGACUUUUCAUUGGUUCAGAUCAGAACUCAAAAGCAAACAUGCCCAAAGCCAACAUUCCAAGCCAACCAGGUUAUCAUCCCCACCCACCCCACCACCAGCCCUCCCAUCAUAUCUGAACCAGUCUUAUAAAAAGUCAAUGGUACAGAAGAAGGCCGUUCAGCCCAUUGUGUCAUGCUGGUCAAAAAGAGCAACCUCACAAAGUUUCACCAAUUUUGAGACUCGAUGCUUUCAGUUACCUUUUUUCAAUGUAAUCUGUUUCUGUGUGUCUGGCACUUUUAAAGAAAAAAAAUAAACACGCACUCUGUGUA